GUACUUCAAAAAAUCAAAAUCGAGUAAUCCCGGUGUCUUCUCAAAGCAGUUUUGCUCAAUGCUGCUGUUCCUUCCAACCUUCACUCUGCACUCUCUUGCCACUCAAACCAAACCUCAAAAACCUUUCCGAUCCAACAUUCGAUAACCAUUUCCACUCUCAUCACCACAUGCAUCUUCGUCUGCGUCACAAGAACCAGUAGGGUAACUUCUCAAAGCGCCAACAAUGUUGCACGAGCUUCUGCUAUCGUUACUGGGCUACACCGGCGACUUAAUCAUCGACCGGAGGGAAAAUCUCACCGCCGACACACUCAUCUCCGACGAAUGCACUUUCAAGCUCGCCCCUGACAUCUCCUUCAUCGACCCAAGCGACAGGGAACUUAUUGAGAGGACUAUCACCUUGGGGUUUUACUAUAGGGAGCUUGAGCGGUUUUCAGCAAAGUCUAGGAAUUUGAACUGGAUUAGGGGUUCAAAUGUGAACCCUUUGGAGAAAAAGGAGAAACCUAGUGUUUAUAGAAGGGCAUUAGCUAAUGGCAUUGUUGAGAUACUCUCGGUUUAUCGGUCUGCGGUUCUGCAUAUUGAGCAGUUGUUGUUGGCUGAAACCAUGCCUAUCUUGGCAACAGUUACUCAGGGACUUAACAAGUUUUUUACCCUCUUGCCGCCUUUAUAUGAGCUUAUCCUAGAGAUUGAGCGUGACGAUAUUCGUGGAGGUCAACUUCUCAAUCUUUUGCAUAAAAGAUGCCACUGCGGGGUGCCUGAAUUACAGACUUGCAUACAGAGGCUUCUUUGGCAUGGGCAUCAAGUCAUGUAUAACCAGCUUGCAUCAUGGAUGGUUUAUGGGAUUCUUCAAGACCAGCACGGAGAGUUUUUCAUUAGAAUGCAAGAAGAUAGAGAAGCAGAGAGUAGCUCGUCUCAUCCAGAAAUCUCUGAAAAAUUGGCACGCUUGUCUACUGAUGAUGCAUCUUUAAGUGAUUGGCACCUGGGCUUUCAUAUUUCUUUGGAUAUGCUGCCAGAAUAUGUACCUAUGCGUGUUGCAGAAUCAGUUCUUUUUGCUGGCAAAGCUAUCAGGGUUUUACGGAAUCCAAGUCCUUCCUUCCUGUCUGGGGAUGCUGUGUAUCCACAAAUGCCUAAAAGUUUUCAGAAAAUACAUGGAAUAGCAGGGCGUUUUCAUUUUCAGAGAGAGCCUGUAUUUAAUACAGGAACGGGAGGAGAAGAUUUGCUUCCACAAUCAGAGGCAGAUAAGAUUGAAGCUAUGCUUUUGGACCUGAAGGAAUCAUCUGAAUUUCAUAAAAGAUCGUUUGAAUGUGCUGUGGACUCUAUUCAGACUAUUGCAGCCAGUCAUCUCUGGCAGCUUGUGGUCGUACGUGCUGACUUGAAUGGCCACCUGAAGGCUCUGAAAGAUUAUUUUCUUUUGGCAAAAGGAGAUUUCUUCCAGUGUUUCCUUGAAGAAAGUCGCCAGUUAAUGCGAUUGCCGCCUCGUCAGUCAACUGCUGAAGCUGAUCUUAUGGUCCCAUUUCAGCUGGCUGCAUUAAAAACUAUAAGUGAAGAAGACAAAUAUUUCUCCAAAGUGUCUUUGCGGAUGCCAUCUUUUGGAAUUACAGUUAAAUCUUCCCAAUUAGAUUUACCAAAGGCAGCCACUUCUGCGGACAGUAGCUCUGCUGGUUCACUUUCAAAUGCUUCUUCAGAAAUGUCACUUGAUGGCUGGGAUGGUAUUGCCCUCGAGUAUUCUGUUGAUUGGCCUUUGCAUUUAUUCUUUACUCAAGAAGUCCUCUCUAAGUACCUUAGAGUAUUCCAAUACUUACUGCGGCUGAAACGAACACAAAUGGAGUUGGAGAAAUUAUGGGCAUCUGUAAUGAAUCAAUAUCACCGUGAUUUUGCUAAAAAUAAAAAUGACCGAGACAAGUGGUCAACAACACAGCAGAGACGUCAGCAGUUCCGACCAAUGUGGCGUGUUAGAGAACAUAUGGCAUUCUUGAUCAGAAAUCUCCAAUUUUAUAUUCAGGUGGAUGUGAUAGAGUCUCAAUGGAACAUUUUACAAUCUCACAUUCAAGAUUCUCAUGACUUCACAGAACUUGUGGGCUUUCAUCAAGAAUACUUAUCAGCCUUGAUUUCACAAACUUUCUUGGACAUUGGUUCUGUGUCGAGAAUACUGGAUAGCAUCAUGAAGCUUUGCCUGCAAUUUUGCUGGAAUAUUGAGAACCAAGAUGAUAAUUGUUCAAAUACUUCCGAGCUUGCACAUAUAGCUGAGGAAUUCAACAAGAAAUCGAAUUCCCUGUACACUAUACUGCGCAGCAGCAGGCUUGCAGGAAGUCAGCGAGCUCCAUUUUUGAGACGAUUUCUCUUGCGGUUAAACUUGAAUUCCUUCUUUGAGGCGACUGCAAGGGGGGUGCUGAAUGUAGUGAGACCCCGCCCUACGCUUCCUGUUUUAAAUCAACAGUAGCAUCAUUGUUCCACCACAAGUUCAGGUUCCACAGUUCCAGACUUCCAGGGGUAUUUGGCACGUGACCUUCAGUUGAGUUAAUUUCCCCUCUCCAACAUGGAGUACGAGUUUUAAAUGCUGACAAGCAACUUGCUAUCUCUUGGUGUUGUUCUUUGAAAGUCAGCUGCACAUUCCACGUGCUAUUUUGAGAAUGUGGUUGUUAAUCCUAGCUGGUUCUUAUUGAUUUUAUUGUAUAAAUUGUUCAGUUUUGAAGGUGUCAUGCUUGUGCUUUGGGUGGCUCUUUCCCACUUUUUUGCCUUUGGUGGAUGUGAGCAUUGAGUGAUGGUGUGUAUAGUGUAAUUGUUUAUUAAUAUCAAUGAUGUUAUAUGUUAUUGAAGGAAAAUUGCGAGAAAUGCAAGAAAUGCUAAUGUGACAAAGCUUAAAUGUCUUAUUUAGUGGAAAUCAUGUUCGAUUGUUUA